CACGAUCACUUUUCUGCUUUUAGCCCCCGGUCGUGCCUCCUAUGAGCCACAAAACCGUAAAAGCGUCAUUUUCAGACAGCUUUAAAUUGACAAUCAAUUGGUACAGUAAAAAUUGAUUUAUUGCAUGCUAGUGCAUGAUGCACGCCACUGUCUUGCAUUGGACCAAUCAGCGUACGUUUGCCAGACCCUCCUGCCAGAGGCCCCUAGUCGGCGACCAAUCACACAUCAAUUGUCAGUUGUAGUUUUGGCACUCGUGCGAUUAAAAGCCACUCGUGAGAAAAAAAUUGAAAAUCUAGCUUUUCAACAAGGAGAAAAUUCGAAAAAGUGUAAACGUUUGACAGUUGGAGUUUUUCCAGCACUUUUCCGGGGUAAAUCUCACGUCCAAUAACAAGCACCACCACCACAACACCGCCGACAAGAUGACCGACCGCAAAGCAGUCAUCAAAAACGCCGAUAUGAGCGAGGACAUGCAGCAGGACGCAGUGGAUUGCGCCACACAAGCCAUCGAAAAGUACAACAUUGAGAAAGACAUUGCGGKGUACAUUAAGAAAGAGUUUGACAAGAAGUACAACCCGACGUGGCACUGCAUCGUGGGCCGAAAUUUCGGCUCGUAUGUGACCCACGAGACCCGUCAUUUCAUCUAUUUCUAUUUGGGCCAAGUGGCGAUACUUCUAUUCAAGAGCGGUUAAAUUAUCAUUCCCUGUACCACAGUAUUCCAAGGAAAAAUUUAAAUACUUAACAACAACAACAAAAACCAGACGUAUUGUGUAUUUAGCUAUGUUUUUCGUCACUUUACAUUUCGGUUUAUACCAUUUUCGAAUCAGCAAGUGUGUUUUUUUGAUGAAUUUUAGGCGUGGGUGAGUCGAAAAUGGAUAUCUAAAUUCAAAACUUGGGAUGUUUUUGGUGUAUAUUAUAUGAAUAUAACUUUUUCUUGAUUAAAUUAUUUUUAUUUAGUGAUUUUUUCGGGGAAAUGUUGAUUGGAACGCACAAUUCUAGAUGGGCUUUAAAUGCACGUAAAAUCAACAUUUCUUGGUCGGCCCUUUCCUCAACAGUGAAUGUUGGUUGCUAAAUAUAUUCAUAUACUAAGAAUCCUUAUUCCGUAAGUUGUUAAUCUAUAUAUAAGCCAUCUUUACUAAAGUUGUAGUUAAGUUUUGUUAUACUUGAAUGUAGGUUAUAAUUUUUGUUUACUUCUUAAAUYAUUUAUGGAGCGUUUACUCGUGACAUAGCGUCCAUUUUAAGCUAACAGCUCCAAGUGAUAUCAAAGGUUUAGUUCUUUUAAAUGACUUGAGUCACUGCCGCUACAUUUAGAAGAACUAAAAUCAAUUAUUUGCUUGCUUCUUCCUCUAGAAGAGGAAGUGCCACUUUUUUGAUUUUUACGUGGGCAGUAACUCAAUUAUUGCCYACAUAGAUCUCAACAAGUGACACUACUGUACAAGAUAUAUUUUUGUAUAAAAAAAAACCCACGGGAUGGGCAUGGUUUUUAAUAAGCGACUUGCUUUAGUUAAGAUUAAUGAAUUAGUUAGGCAAURGUUAUGAUUUAGAAGAACUAAAUUCAAAUAUCGCUCUCUCUUCACUCACUAGCUUAGGACUUAACUGUACAUUUAAUGUUAUUUUCUUCUCAAACCUACCCGAAUCCCAUCCCGAAUCUCUCCUCGACUCUUUAACCCCUUAUUUURAUACAAUGUAAUUUCUAUAUGUAGCAAAUACAUGGUUAAAGAUU